UAUAUAAAGUUGGUUAUGAGGGUGGGGGGUUCAGUUGAGUAGUGUCGCUGGCAUCAUGAAGUUGUUCCUGGAGCUCGUGGCGACCGCCGUCGCCUUCCUCACCAUCGCUUCAGCCCAGAACGCUGUACUACUAGAUGAUGUGUCUGCGAGAAUGCUUGACCAAUGGACGAGCGACGAGGAUACAUCGGAGCUGCACUCCGUGGCCGAGGGACCGCUGAUCAGGCUCCUCAAGGCAAGCGAACUCCAAUACGAACCCUACCCCACCGACGACGUCUUAGAUCCUGGAGAUCACCUAGAUCCGGAAACACAUUUAGAUUCCAGCGAUGACCUUUACUACGACGACGACGAUAACGACACCGACGAUAACGACACCGACGAUAACAAUAAUCUGGAUUUGGAUUCAGAAGAGGAUGAAGACCUGAGCGAGGAACGGCAGAAUAUCGUCCGGUUCAAGCGGAAGGUAAUCUUCGGCGGCGGUGGCGGCUACAGCAGCGGAAUGGGGCGUCGGGGUGGCGGCGGAGGUGGUAGUGCAGACCCCUACGGUCGCCGCCGUGGUGGCAACUACCAAGGCCCUGAUUAUGGUAAUUAUGACUACUCUUAUGGGCAACAGACUCGAGGUGAUUUCGUGGAUACCAGCUCCUACGGCGCUUCUCAAAACUCGCAAGCAGCCGAUGCUUCGGGUUCCUCAAGUGCUGCCAAACCUAUUGAGAGUUCUGACACGGGAGUCGUGUAUGGAACUCCAGUCGCCUCAUCUGCCUCCACCAUAACUGGAACCUCCCGAUCUCCUGGAACCGCGCGCACCUACGGCGUCACUCGCGCCUCCGCCAUAGAUGCUGACUCCAACGCUGAUACUCCCAGCACCUCAGGCAGGAAGAGCAAAACAGGUCGCCGUGAGGUGAAGAAAAAGCUUUCCAAGACCAUGAAGUGGGAAAUCGCAGAGUACGCCAUCGAACACGGAGCUGAGCGGGCAGCUGAUCGCUACGCCCAUGUAGUUGAUAGGAGACUCAGCCCCAAAAAGAUUGAAAAGUUUAUGGAGCGGUAUAAGAAGCAGCUACGGAAGAACCAGAGGCAUCAACAGUAGAGAUCUCUUCUGGAGUUUGUUGAGGCGUGUGGAGCGCCAGGAACACGCUUGAAUGCUUCGAGUAAGUUUCGAUAAAUAAAUGACAGCGUUUUGAUGUUACAUUGGUUCCUUUACCUCCUGAACUUUCUGGUGGUUCAAUAAAUUUAAGAUUCGUUUCGGAACUCAAUAUAUUCAAAGCCAAGGACUUAGUUCCCUAAAUUUCAGCAAAGAUGUGAGCGAUGCAAGUUUGUGUCGUUGUCGCGCUUGUGUUUAAUUUGUAUAUUAAGUGUACCAGUAACCAACCAAACUGUAGUACCUGUGUCUCUACUGCUAACACAUGCAAUAUUUGCAUAUAUAUAAAUAUAUGAGUUACCUCAGAUGACUGUCGCUGCCCGUAUGGCGGACAGCUUCCGUUGCUCCUCAAAUAUUAGUUUUAUAGCUGAGGUUUUUAUAACGAAGCACCAGUUGACGACGAAUGGUCAUUAAAUGCUACUUUCUCUCGUUCUCUGUCUAUUUUCUCUCACUCACUAUCUUUAUUCGUUCCAUUUAUAUACUUCUCUUUAUUCCCUCCUUUUAUUUUAACUCUCUAUACCCUCAUUUUCAGUUUGUGACCCCCCUCUCUCUUUCUUUCUCCUAACCCAGCACUAUAUGACCUUAAUCAUGAAUUUGUGUAUAGUAGUGGACAUCCACUUCAUGCACCUAAAUCAAAGAAUUUUGUAUUUAAGUUGCCAUAGUUCAAAUGCUUAAUCAGGUUCAGGUUUUAAACCACUUACAUUAGUCGACUUGUGUUUUAGAUUUAGAAAUUUAUAUAUGCAUGUAAAUUUCGUUUGUACUGUCUACCUGUCGUAAAAUAAAAACAAUUAUUGAGUCAUAAUUACUAGUGUAUAGCUCAUAUUUGGAUAGUGUUGGCUCACUAUCUUUAGAAAUGUUGAUUUGUAUAGUUUUUUAAUUAUGUCUGAAAGUGUUCUUCAGUCAUUAUGUCUUCAGGAGUCAUUGGCUUUAUGUCUUUCUUCAGCAGCAUUCAUCCUUCAUCGUGUUGUGUCUCAUUCGUGGUGUCUAUCGCAUUCUCUACGAGGUUUAAAGUUUUUAAUCUCAUGUGUCCUAAGCCUAUUUUUUUUUUUUUACUUUUUUCACCCAUAAUAACCCAUGGCUCGCUUCCGGUGUUUCCCCAUUGAUUUUACGACAUCGUGCAAAUAACAUUCUUCACCCAUUCAUCGUUCAGGAAUUUCUCAAAAAAAAAAAAAAAAUCUGCAAUGAUAAAAUUUUCAAUUAAACCAUCAAAGGUGUUUUUCUUACAGUGUUGUGAAUUUAAAAACUAAAAAUUAGAAAACAUGAAUUGGAACUUUGGGAAGUACUUGGACGAGUCGGUCAGAGAUGUAAGUUAAUGGAAUUUAUUACAAAUGUAUUAUGCUAUUGUAUAAUCUUGAACACUAUUAGCGGAGUAUUUUUGUUGUAUUUAUGCUCUGAUUUUGUUAAGAAAAUUUCUUGUGUUCAAUGUAAUUUUUUUUUAAUUGUGGAGAAUAUAGUGUGUCCACCA